AUGCAUCUUCCAUUACAUCUCCUGCAAAUCCCACUAGUGCUACCGACCGCGCCCAGCCGGGACGGCUCCGUCAUCCAUGAUGACGCCUCCUACACCCGCAACGGCCUAACCUGGACCGAUGGCGCGCUGCGGAUGAAUGAGAUUCAGGUCGUCGGCACGCACAACAGCUACCACGUCGAGGCGGACCCGAAAGAGCAGAAUUUCAUGGCGCGAUUCACCGACGAUGCGAUUAAUUUUCGCUACUCCCAUUCUGCGCUCGACGUGCAGCUUGAGUAUAACCGCGUCCGCAGCAUGGAACUUGAUAUACUGUCGGACCCAGACGGCGGCCACUACGCCAAGCCGCUCAUCCGGCGGCUCGUCGGCCUGCCGUUCCCCGCGGAUCCCACCUUUGCCACCAACAGCACAAAGGUGCUGCACGUCCCGGACCUCGACGUCGGCAGCGUCUGCGCCAGCGUCGUGCAGUGCCUGCGCAUCGUCCGGCGCUGGAUCGAGGCGCACCCGCGCGCCGUGCCCAUCCCCAUCCUCCUGGAGCUCAAGACGGCCGAGAACAUCGGCCGCGUGAUUGGCGGCGCGCCCGUCAUCCCCUGGAACGAGACGGCGCGGCUCGACUGGCUCGACGCCGAGAUCCGUUCCGUGUUUCCGCGGGAGCAGAUGAUCCUGCCCGACGACCUGCGGCGGGACGACUCACCGACACUGGAAGCGGCAGUCCUCCAGCACGGCUGGCCGGACCUGGACUCGGCGCGCGGGCGCGUCUUCUUCGUCAUGGACAAUGGCCCCGUGCACCCCGUCCGCAGCACCUACAUCGAGGACCGGCCCAACCUCGAAGGUCGCGUCAUCUUCACCAAUGCCGCGCCCGGGAACGCCGACUGCGCGUUCCAGAAGCAUAAUAAUCCGACGAGCGAGGCCGCGGUGGCGAAUAUCCAGAAGCAGGUCGCUGCGGGGUACUGGGUGCGCACGCGCGCGGACGUGCCGCUGGACACGGUGCUGCGCGACCGGUGCGACACGGGCCGGCGCGAGGCGGCGCUGCGGUCGGGCGCGCAGAUUGUGUCGACCGACUUUCCGGUCUAUGGGCCGAGUGCGCGCUGGGGAUGCGACUACGCGGUGAGGAUGCCGGGCGGCAGGGCGGCGCGGUGCAAUCCGGUGAAUGGACCUAGAAAGUGUGACGAGGCGUCGUUGGAGCCAGGUGAGUAUACUCGUAACUGA